GCAACAAUUUUUUUUGCCCACAGGCCGCAGGACAGCAACAACGUGCCAGGCUACACCCUCCCAAUUCCUCUCCUCGAUUUAUUCCCCGAAGUCUUUAAUUUAUUCCCACCUCACUCCCUCGCCUUCUCCUUCUCCCUUCCCCCUUCUUCUCUCCUUCCAUUUUCAGUUCUUCUCUUUCUGAUCGAACGAAAGAAAGAAAGAAAGAAAGAAAGAAAGAGAGAGAUCUUAUAAUUCGGAAAAAGUAAAGUCACCACCCACCACCGACACAGGGUAUUACUACUACUGCAACUACGAGUACUAGUACUAGUACUACGUUGGGGUGUUGAUAAGAGCGGUGAAGGUACCCUGGAGAGAGAGAGGGAGAGGGACAAUGCUGGCGCGGUGCGUGGGCGAGCGCCGGGCGCGUCAGAUCCACCGCGCCCUGCGGAACGGCAAGCUGACCGCGCUCUGCCUGCUGCUCACCUUCGUCGUCCUCCGCGGCACCAUCGGCGCCGGCCGCUUCGGCACGCCGCAGCAGGACCUCGUCGAGCUUCGCAGCCGCCUCCUCCCCCACCCCCACCGCGCCCUCUCCGAGCACCACCACCACCACCGCCAACGCCAACAGAACCAUAACCCUAACCCUAACGCCGCCGCCGGCGAGGAGGACGACGAGGAGCCGCCGGAGCGGUCGGUCGAGGACCCGCCGUACGAGAUGGGACCGCGGAUCGAGGACUGGGACGCGCAGCGGGCGGCGUGGCUGCGGCGGCACCCGGAGCGGCGGAGCUUUGUGGCGGCGGGGAAGCCGCGGGUGCUGCUGGUGACGGGGUCGUCGCCGAAGCCGUGCGAGAACCCGGUGGGCGACCACUACCUGCUCAAGUCGAUCAAGAACAAGAUCGACUACUGCCGCGUCCACGGGCUCGAGAUCUUCUACAACACGGCGCUGCUCGACGCGGAGAUGGCCGGGUUCUGGGCGAAGCUCCCCCUGAUCCGCGCGCUCCUCCUCGCGCACCCGGAGGUGGAGUUCCUCUGGUGGAUGGACUCCGACGCCAUGUUCACCGACAUGGCCUUCGAGCUCCCCUGGUCCCGCUACGGGCCCUACAACCUCGUCCUCCACGGCUGGGACGAGAUGGUCUACGACGACCGCAACUGGAUCGGGCUCAACACCGGGAGCUUCCUCCUCCGCAACUGCCAGUGGUCCCUCGACCUGCUCGACGCCUGGGCGCCGAUGGGCCCCAAGGGCCCCGUCCGCGCCGCCGCCGGCAAGCUCCUCACCUCCGCCCUGAAAGACCGGCCCGUCUUCGAGGCCGACGACCAGUCCGCCAUGGUCUACCUCCUCGCCACGCAGCGCGACAAGUGGGGGCCCAAGGUCCACCUCGAGAGCGGCUACUACCUCCACGGCUACUGGGGCAUCCUCGUCGACCGCUACGAGGAGAUGAUCGAGAACCACCGGCCCGGCCUCGGCGACCACCGCUGGCCCCUCGUCACCCACUUCGUCGGCUGCAAGCCCUGCGCCAAGUUCGGCGACUACCCCGUCGAGCGCUGCCUCAAGCAGAUGGACCGCGCCUUCAACUUCGGCGACAACCAGAUCCUCCAGAUGUACGGCUUCGCCCACAAAUCCCUCUCCAGCAGGAGGGUCAAGCGCAUCCGCAACGACACCGCCGCCCCGCUCGACGCCCAGGACGAUCUCGGAUUGCUCCACCCCUCCUUCAAGGCCGUCGACGUCGCCGCCGAUUCCCAAUCCCAACCAUAAAAUGAGUAAAAGAAUUUUUUUUUUAAAAAAAUCUCCUCUUUUUAAUUAUGCUUCUAUUUGUUGUAGCUAAAUUUAGGGUUGCAAUGACUAUGAUCCGAAGCAUGGAUUACAUAGGGCCUUUUUUUUCCCCCCUUUUUCUUUUCUUUUUUUUAACAUUUGUAAUGUUGUUGUUUGUUUAUUUCGUUCGUAUAAUGCGCGCUCUUGUAGGAUUUCAGGGAUACGAAACUGAAUUUUGUUGCUGCUGCUUAUGAAAUGUUCUUUAGUUGUUUCAUUUUUAUAA